UUGCAGAUCUGAACAUUGCAUUACUGAAACCAACAACGAUGUCCUCAAUGUAUGUCCCUGGAGAUUAUAAUUGUUGUCUGUCUGAAUAUGCUGUCGAUGGUAACAUCACAACGUGGGCGUAUCCGGAUAUGGUUUGUGCACAUUCAUCUAAAACUAAUAUCCAACAAGAAUGGUGGGCAGUCGACCUACAAAAUGUUUAUGUCAUCAAAGAAAUAGAAAUUUAUGGACGCACUGAUUGUUGUGGUGACAAUUUAUCAAACUUUGAUGUCGAUGUUAUUAUGCCAACGUGUCCAUGCAAUGGUUGGAAUGAUUUAACAGAUGGAGAUGUAUCGCACUGUCAUUAUCAGACCAGCGCAGUCAGUCCGCGUAUCAGAAUAACUUGUCCUUCUAACACAAGAGGAAGAUUUGUUAGGAUUAAACGCCGUGAUAUGCUGACGUUAGUCAUAUGUGAAGUAAAGGUCAACAGAGAUCCAUUUAGCAGUACCCGACAGUCAGGUUUGUUGAGCAGUGUUGCUGUCUAUGCUCGUGGACAUAUCGGAAACGGAUAUGUAGGUCCUGUCAUAGAAACGUUUGUAUCUCAGAGUAAAAUUCAGUGUACAAGUGUGUGCAUCACGAAGAGUGACUGUUAUGCUGCUGAGUAUGGCAGAAACACAACCAGCUGUACAAUGAAAGGUAAAUGUACGAAUGGAACUCAGACUUCUUUAUUCCAAGACAACAGCACAGAUGUAUUUUGUGUUCUCUAGAACAUGGAUGUUGACCAAUUCUGUAUCCUUACAAUGCCAUAAGUUGUGCAAUUCUUUAACUUAAGUUUGGUAUAUGGACAAUCUGUAACAAUUUAUAAUGUAAAAUAAACUAUCUAUUUCAUUUCGUGUGUUAAAAUAAAUAAAGAU